AUGAGGUACGCACACAGCACCGUCGAUGAUGGCCGGAGUUCCUUGGAAACCUCAGUUCAAAGUCCGACAGUGGUUGAGCGGUCCGUGCAGGAGAUGAAAUGCGAGAGGUACACCAUAGAAACCUGGAAUGUCUUCCGAGGAAAAGGGAACUUCUGCCUACCACGGAACCGCCAUCCUUAUGACCUCACGGCCGCCACACCCCAGAUCAUUUGA